AUGCACCCACCUGCACACGCCGAACUCAACCGCGCCCUCCGCCCUCAUCAUGGGGUUUGCGAGCAAGAUUGGUUCGCAAAUGCCAACCCCCCGGCCGGUUCGUUUAAUUUCGGCGCGGCCAACGCGUUCGCGUCUCAAUCGUACCAACAGCAGCCGAUGCAGCAACAAUGGGGCCCACCUCAGCAGCCAUACAACCAGUAUCAACCUCAGACAGGAUACUCACAGGUGCCGCCGCAGUAUGGCGUCAGUGGUUCUCAGCCAUACCAGCAGGCGUACGGCGCCGCCUAUGGACAGCAGUUCCAGUCGUCCAACCAGCAACAGCAGCAGCAGCAUGGAGGAUAUAACCAGCCGCCGCAAGAACAGUUUGGGAGUGGCUAUAGCCAGCAACAACAGCCAUAUAGUGUCUUCCCUCAACAACAAACCGCCUUCCCUCAGCAAACCACCUUUCCUCCUCAGCAGCCACCCUACGGUCAACAACAACAGCAACCGCUUGCUGCCCAUGGCAGUCCUUCAAGUGGCCCAAAUGCGCAGUUUGUAGCCGGCAUCCUGGCCGACUGCGUCAAAGAUCAAGGCCUCGAGUGCUUCUACAGCGACCCAUACUCUCUCCACUCUAUCGCUCAACGCAUUGUCAACUCUAAUGCAAUUGGCACUCUGGCCGCAUCUUGGCGACUACCCCUGGAGCUGGCGGCAGAUCUCGCCAAGAUUGCCCUCUUUGACGUGGUUGUCCUGUGCGACGAUUCGGCCAGCAUGAAGGUCCAGCAAAAGGGCGAGCGCAUAGAAGACUUGAAGACGAUUCUUGGCAAGGUGUCUGAAGCGUGUGCCCUCUUUGACGACGAUGGAAUCGAGACGCGAUGCCUCAACACUCCCAUUGACGGCAACCACAUCACUUCAGCCGCGCAGGCCGCCGACUGGGUCGGAAAGCUCCAAUAUAAAGGUGGCACACCAAUAGGUACGAUGCUCGACCAGAAGAUCCUCCAGCCCCUCGUCCUGAGUCUUGCGCGGAGGGGCGGGCUGAUGAAGCCCGUCCUGGUGGUCAUCAUCACUGAUGGUGCCCCCGGCCACGAGCCUCACGGCACGAUCGCCAAGGUCAUCACCGCCGCGGAUGCCGAGCUCAAGGCGACAAGGUAUGGCCGAGGGGUUGUCAGCUACCAGUUCGCCCAGGUGGGCAACGAUGUCAAGGGUACGGUGCAGCUCGAUUCUGCGUGUAGCGCUUACCGUUCAGCGCAAAAGUUCCUCUCGUCUCUCGACGACCACCCGCAGAUCGGCAAACUCAUUGACCAAGUGAUGGACUUUGAGUAUGAGCAGGAGCAGAUGAUGACGUCGACUGGGUUGCAGCUGUCUCCAGAGAUGUGGUUGAUGAAGUUGUUGCUAGGUGCUAUCGAUUCGAGCUACGACAGUCAAGAUGAAGGACCCAAGCCUACCCGAUGA